GUUCAACAGCAGCAGCCAGGGCCAGCCAGUGCCACCAGCCAACAGCCUCUCUUUUAAACUAUUGAAAACGACAGAGGGAAGGAAUAAAAACAAUUGGACGUGAAAAAGAACCAAGGAGAACGAUCGCUCACUCGUGUUGUGACUGUGCAGCACGACAGACGUCCGCCAGUUGAGCUGCUGUGCACACCGGAUGGGAAGUCCAAGCCAAAGACCAUCAGUUGAAGCGGUAAACCAGCGUGCGGAAUCAACUGAAGAAGAAGAAGAAUUAGAUGAGAAGGUCACGGUGUACGUCCAGUGCAGGCCUCGGACAAACAACACGCCGGAAUAAGUUAAAUAGAGUGCAGUGCGGCCUAGCAGCAGCAGCUAAUCAAUAGAUGUAAACUUGUUGUGUCGCUGUUAAAUAAAAAGGUGACACACAAUCUGUGAAGGUGAAAGUGGCCAACAACAACUGCUGUGUGCCGGGCAACAUGGGAUCAUCCGGCCGAGUUGCUGUUCCUGGGAUGUCGACUAAUGUGAAACUUUUACUGCCAUUCAAAGUGAAAAUGGUCAUCUUCUUGUCGUUGGCCGUGCUGAUUGCCAAUUGCCUGGUAAUGAGCACAGCAGCAUCCGGCGAUUUCGUCGAUUCCGGCCAUCUCGUCUGGACCACCAUCGGAGUCACAGCGCGCAGUGAAGUGGACAUGUGGACCAAGACGAGCAGCGGGUGCGCCUGUUCCAGCCAGGAUCACCACAUGCAGUCGCAAGGAGCCAAAGGAGGAGCCAACAAGAACAUGAAGACGUGCGCCUGCUGUGCCCACGCAGGAGCCUGUCAAUGCGGUCCCAAGGUCCCGUACCGCUGCGCCCAGUGUGGACUGGAGCAACAAUGCGACCAGAUGUGCAACGUCACUCUGGAUGCCCGCCAGUUGUACUCGACUUCACGUCUCCGAUACGGUCAGAUUAAAUCGCUGGAACUGCACGAACAUCAGCACUGCUGGUACCGGCUCCUGCCCGAGCCCGGCUACCGCAUCGAGUUGCAAAUCUACCGGCUCGUCGACACUGGCCACCUCAACCAAUCCAAGUGCACGGGCGGCCAAUUGGAAUGGAUUACCAGCGGAAGUAGUAGCAGUGGUGGUAGUAGUAUUGAAAGCGCCAUUUCCGGUUCUGUCCAGCAGCAACCGCCGCCGCCCAACCUGCACCAGCAUUCGUGGACUUUGUGCGGGGCUAACGAGCGCUACUCACCGCCGGCCCUCCUCUUCUCCGACGACGACAUUUCGCCGGCCACACUUGUGCUCAAGUCGGGGGAGAAGACGAGACGCGGCAAACUGUUGGCUCAUUUCAGUUUCACGCCCAUUGGGCAUUCCGCUCCGUUGGGCGUGCAAACAAUCGGAGGGACGCCCGUUCACGGUUCAGUUUGCGAUUGGCACUACCAGCAGUCGGAUUGCCUGAAGGAGGGUCGCUACAACAACACUUGUCGGAUGGCCAGUCCAGGUUACCCUGGACUUUACCCACCCAACCGGACGUGCCGAUACCACGUCGCUCUGCAGUCGCCGUUCCAGCCGCUGACGCUUCACUUCACUUCGGUUCAAUUACCCGCCCAACGCUGCGUGACCGACUUUAUUCGCGUCCUGAUUAACGGCCGACUCCACUCGACUCUCUGCGGACAGGAGACGGUCCAGCUCGUGACUUUUGGUCCCGACGUCAUCGUUGAAUUCACCUCGGGCGUUCUACUGCCGCCCUACGUGUUCAACGGAUUCCUGGCCCAGUUAACUUUCCACGAAAUGGACGGCCAGCCUCAGCCGCACGUCCGUGGCAACUCGAAAAAUCCUCCGGCUCUUCAGCAGCAGCAGCCAGCGCCAGCCAUUCCAAGCGGGGCUUUCCGGGCUGUGGAGCGACAGGCUCACGCUGUUUGCGACUACGUGAUCCGGGCCAACGCCAGCGGUGCAGGAGGAGGCAGCGGUGGCGGAGAAACGAUGAUGAAUCGCUGGUCGGGUUUCUUCAGCACGUCCAGCACGGCCUGGCGAGUUUGGCCGGCUCCUUGCUCCUUCACGUUCCCCGUUCAACCGGGCCAGAGCGUCCAAAUCAAUUUGCUGACGUUCAACAUCACCGGGUCGGAUUGUACUUCCUUUAUGGAAAUCCACGAAGGGGCCCUUGACGUCAGAUGGAGUUCAUCAUCCCCGCGACAAAAGAUCUGCAGCCCGGCUUGGAAAAAGUCCAGGAAUUCUUACACCAGAUUCAAUCAGCCGUACCUGAUCCAGUCCAACAACGCCAGUCUCUCCAUCCGAUUCCGCAUGGAUCCCAUCACUGGAGCCGACCAGGUGAUUGAAGGAGCUUUCGCCUAUUUCAACGAGCUGGAAGGAUUCCGAAUUCCGGGAACCCUAUGCGACGCCCUCUUUGACGGGAAAGUGACCCCGCCCAACGGCCGUCUGUCUAGUUCCUUUGAUUCGACCAUUUUUUGGUCGGUUGUCGGCCCGUUCAAUUGCACUUCAACUUUCGAUCCCGACGAGAGGAGAUCCGUCACGCUCACCGUGACGGCCAGUCAGAUGAAGGACGACGGGCGCUGUUACACCGAGUGCGAUCGACAGGGAUGCCACUGCCGGGCCAACGACACCAACAGCGUCGACCACAUCGUCCUCUCCAUGUCGAACCGCUCCAUCGUUUGCCUCUGCGGAAAUAUCCAGGCUUUUCUACCCGUGAGCUUAUCGUCCAACACCCGUCUCUCCGUCCAUCACCACGUCGUCGAGUUCAGCUUUGGCCAGCCAGAUUUGGCGGUGGAUUUGAGCUACCGUUUCUCCACUAGACACGAGUGCGGGUCGGAAACUUUCCUGGAAUCGCCCACCGGAUCCAUUUCGUCGCCCAUGUUCGGUAUGAAGGAGCGAUCGACCAACGAGGGAUACCACCACACCGACUGUCUGUGGAUUGCCACGGUGAAACCGACGGAAUUAUGGACGGCCACCAUCCACACGCCCGGUCAAGGGGACUGUCAGGAAUGGAAUUUGACAAUGCACUACUACGACGACAAGUGGCCCAGCCAACUGGGCGCCGUUAUUAACGUCCUCUGCCCGGACAGCAGCAGCGACAAACAGGUUUUGGCCAUGCCGAGUGGCUUGAAUGUCAUGGCCAUCAGGCUUCAAGCUUGGAAUACGGUCCCCGUCCAGUACCGACUCGUCUGGCAAACUUCGUCACUGUCUAGUCCAGCACCUGGAGUCCAACGCUCACUCUCAUCUCUGAUCACGACCGCUAUUCCGUCGCCGGACCAACAACCUGACCCCAUCGGCGACAUUUCGAGUGGUUCGUGCCGAUUAUCGUCGUCGUCCAUGUCGUCCAUUUGUUGUACAUUUCUACUCAUCGCAUUCGCCCUCGUUCACAGACUCUGAGUCAUCCCCCGAUCGUAAUCAUUUCAAUGUCGAGAGAAUCAAUCUGACAGUUUUCUUAUAAACGAUGAUGUUGAUUCCUCCUAUAAAAUAAGAAAUCAUGUAAUAUAUUUCAAAAAAUUUACAUAUAAAUAUAUAUGACAGAAUUAGAC